AUGUCGGCUACUCACCGCGCCGCCAUCCUCCAUGCACCAGGCCAACCUCUCUCCAUCCAAGAUGUCGAAACCCACCACCCCAAACCUAACGAAGUCUUGAUUCGUAACUACGCCCUUGCCAUCCAGCCUCUCGAUGCCAAAAUGUUCAUUUCCAACUAUGGGCCGGCUGCAUCACUCAACUUCCCAGCAGUCCUCGGCUCAAGCGGUGCUGGCAUUGUCGACAAAGUAGGCUCGAAAGCGAUGAACCUUCGCGUUGGCGACAGGGUAGUUUUCGACACGAAGGCCUACGUCUCCCCAAACGCGAACUUCCAGCAAGGGGCGUGGCAGGAACUUGUUAUCUGCUCUGCAGGCACAGUCGCAAAGCAAGCAGUCCUGACCUCCUUCCCUCUUCAAACCGCCGUAGCAGCACUGCACGUCUUCCUCGGCAUGUCCGCCCCACCCCUCACGUCUUCUGUCAGCCCUUCACCCGGCCUCAAAGACGAGAAGGUUCUAAUCUGGGGCGCUGGCGGUGCAGUAGGCCAGUAUGCAGUCCAAUACGCUGCUUCUGUGGGACACACGGUGAUCUGCACCGCAUCACCACGUUCGACGACAUACCUUACCCAACUCGGCGCAUCAGCAGUCAUCGACUACAAAGCCGCAGAUGUCCUCUCGCAACUAUGUGCACUCGGACCGUUCAAGUACUUGAUGACCGCUUCCGGAGACGCAUCAUCACAGCAAACCAUCGCUGAGCUUUUGCGACCGUCUGGCGGAAAGUUUGCCUCUGUUCUUCCUCUUAGCGCUGGGGUUGAGCUACCCUCGAACGUAGAAGUCAUAUACACCGCGUUCUCGCAAGCAGCACAAAAGGACGAGUACACCGAGUGGCGGAAGUGGUGGUACACAUCCUACCUUCCCUCCGUGCUAUCAUCCGGCUCGGUAUCACCGGUGAGCUACACUCACAUCGAAGGAGGAUUAUCCGCAUUGCAGAAUGCAAGUCAAGAUGUGUUUGACGGGAAAGUGAGGGGCAAGGUGGUCAUCAGUCCACAAGAAUGA